AUUAUCCUUUUCGUUGUGAAGUUGUUGUUGUUCGCACUGGCCAGCCGCACUUUCUUCAGCAAGAUCAGCAGCAAAUCAUUUCUAUGGUUCCUCGUGUGUGGACGUCUUGACUACAGAGGGAACAUAUUCGAUGUAGUUCGAGCAGCACCAGGAGCUCUACCAGAUUGCUGUGAGCGUGGCAGGUGGUGAAAAAACGCCAACAGAUGUUUACUUAUGUCAUAAGUAAACAUAUUUUAAAUUUGUUUCUAAAAAUGGCAGCAGAAGUAGAUGAAUUCGACGUGAUGGUGACUGAUCGUAAACUAACUUAAUAAAUCAUUACUUUGUUCAUAGCAGUAAUCCACCGCCAGGGCCGGGGCAUCGGUCUUUCUUGAACUGAUUACAAUACGAAUCGAAGUUUCAACAUGGCUGCAGUACAGGAGCCAUCUUUCGCGGACGCAACUGCUGACACCGUAGCUGCAUCCCCGGCCUCACUAGAUUUCAGAACAGACGAAGAAGUCCCUUCUCUCGCCUUUGGUAGAUGGGUCGAGAAGCGUGUGGGACACUUCGCAGCGGAUUUAGAGUCGCGAGUGCGCGAAGCCGCUGAACAAAACAGAACAGCGAUCGCGCAAGAACCAUCAAGAACUGCCGAGAUUUUGAACAGAGGAACGAUGCUGGUGGAAGAGAUUGCACCAAUCGUUGAUGACAUCAAAUUUCACUCCAUCUGUGUAGAACGUGCACGACUUGGACAUUUUUGCAGCGUGAGCGAUAUCCAUGCGCUAGACGCUAACGUCAGCGAUUGCGAAUUCUUCGCAUGGAUACAGCCUGUCAAAGCCGAGGAUGCAGACACGACGGGCGGCAGCGUGGUCAGACCUGACGCAGACCCGGACAGAUGGAUCUGCGGCGACGCACUCGAAGUCUGGGAACGCACCGAGGAGCCCGACCAGGGUCCCCCGGGGCUUACCUAUCGAGGUGUUCGCGACGGCGACCUCGGCGUACGAGGAUUUGACUCGUCGAUAAGCUUGUCCAUUGCACAGGACCAGUUGCGAAUGUGGAUGGCCGUGGUGCGACGGCGCUGGGGAGCAGCCACGCCAGUUCCCAACCUGCCCGCGGAGAUUUUUCGCAAGAUCAAGAUGUAUCUCCGACCCGUCAGUAGUGUCCUGCUGCAGCCGAUGUACCUCGCUAGUGUCGCGGUGGCCAAGCGCCAGCACGAUUUGGAACUCCUGCUCGCCGUUGGGCUCGCUCACUACCUCGACUCCGCGCACAAUCUUGCUUCGAAAAGCUACGAAGUGAAGGGGGAGUGGUUUACGUCCAGUGCUCACAGCGAUGUUCGCGUGCCGGGAAACACCGUCUUUACGGUGAUGCUAUCUGGAAAGUUCUUCUCAGUGGAGGGGGCGGACAUCUGGCCGAGCGCUAGCGAGCAGCAGUUGACAAGUUCUAGUGCGUGGAACACGAAGCGACAAGAGGAAGUAGAGCAAGGCGAUCCGUUUGUCCGACCAUCCGAAAGUGAGGCGACGUAUGAAUCCAUCACGAAAAUUCUGCGUACAUUUUUCGAAGCAAAAGGCUUGAAGUUCACUCAUGACGAGGAGGAGCGGCAAAAAUUCACCAUCUCGUGGGCGUGAAGCAACUUAAUCUGCUGCGUUGCUUCUUCGAGAUCGAGGUAAAGGCUCUGCAAAGAAAAAACUGGAACUGCAGCUUCAGCUUUAAUCGACGUUGAUGUCAUCUUUUACUCCCUGGCUUUUGCGAACGAGAGAAGCGAAGGUCUACCUCCAGUACUCGCGUGGUUGGUUCGCGUGACCGUAGGUGGAAAUUGCGACACACCGUGACCGUGUGCAGCCACAGCUGGUGCUUCCUUGCAAACUGACUUCGUGUUGCGAACUACUCGACGAGGAAGAACGAUAAAAAUUAAUAUACCCUUUCAAAAUGCAGAUCAAGAAAGCGGCACUUUUCAUUCUAUUGAAGGGUCGUUGUUGACAAAACUCUUCCUGCUCGCGUACUUAAGUACAUGGCCAGUG